CACAAUACCCAUUGAAAUUCGUUCAUAAUUCUGUCGCAUUGAAUUUUCGCGUCAAAAAUCGCUCGUUCUCCUGCGAAGAUGAAAGCAUUUGAUAUAUCAGCAUUCUUUCUGGACCUCAUAGAGAAUGAGCGUGAUAUGUCUCCAGCCAUUGCAGCUAUGAAGGCACUUAUGGAAGCUUUGAGACUAGAUGAUUCUACAACAUUGCAAGAGUUUAUUGAGAAAAUGAAACUUGCAAGAAAUACAUUGAGCAAAAUGGAUGUUUCUGUUGUGUCUGUUUCUUCUGGGUGUGAACUGUUCUUGCGCUUCAUUACUCUGGCUCACUCGGAACUAGAACAGGCUACGGACUUUGCAUCGUGUCGUGAAAUUUUGCUGCGUAGAGGUGAGGGUUUUGUCAAAAGCAUGCAAGACAGCCGUAAGAAGAUACUGAAAAACAGCAGUAGCCUAAUUAAAGAUGGGAUGGUGAUUCUUACCCACUCAAAGUCGAGAAAUGUUUUAGCAGUUAUGGCUGAAGCUGCUAAGCAGGGUCGUCAGUUCAAGGUGUUUGUUACAGAAUCUCAGCCGGAUUGUUCUGGUCGCAGAAUGGCAGAAGAUCUCAAGGGAGCAGGCAUCUCUUGCACUGUGAUUUUGGACGCAGCUGUAGCUUAUGUCAUGGAGAAAGUGGAUGCCGUUAUGCUUGGAGCAGAAGGGGUUUGUGAGAAUGGUGGAAUUAUUAACAAAAUUGGAAGUUGCAACGUAGCCACCUUAGCACACCUGAAGAAUAAGCCUGUGUAUGUCCUGGUGGAGAGUUUCAAGUUCCUUCGCAUUAUUCCUCUCAACAAUUCUUCUCUGCCUAAAACAUAUCUGCAUAAAGCAUCGGUUUUGAAUUCUGGGGAAGAUGUCUUCAGUGAGCAUCCUUUGGUUGAUUACACGCAUCCAGAAAAUGUUACGCUGCUGUAUACAGAUCUUGGCGUCCUCCCUACAUCUGCGGUCACUGAAUAUCUCAUCAAGUUGUAUACCUAGGCAAAAUGACCUUAGGAGAGAACGUGCAUCGCAAGCUUCUGAUGUCAGGUUACAAAUGAGGUUUAAUGCGCUGUGUAGAGUGAACAUUGUUGUGUGCAACCAAAAGAUUUAGUGGUUUUGGAGCAACUCCCAGGAAAUGCAUAUCCAAUACACAACAGAACUCUCACUCUGUUAAGAAAGGGAUUGUGGGUCAAACACCAGAUUCAGAAAGAAUCACAGAUUUCAUUUGCAGAUUUUUCUGUCACAUGACUUUUUGUGUAGGUCCUCAUAAGCUUGCUUACAUUGUUCUGUAGAUUUUUAUUUGAUUCAAAAUAUUUUUUUUCUUUAUAAAAA